GUCUACUACGAUCCCCAACCACAUUUUAACGACGACGACAACGAUGAAAAGGACCUACGGACGCAAGAACUCACGGCGUGCGCGACCUGACAUACAAGACGUGGAGGUUGUUUCACCGCCGCGGAAACGACCAAGAAUCGAGGUUGAGAUCGUGCCGCCGCCAUUCUCAGUCCCCAAUGCACAUUUAUUACCACUCAAAGCAACUAGUCCUAUCCGAAGAAGUAUAACUCUGCCUGACGUGGGCUCAAUUUCGAGCACGCCGUCGAACAUACGCACGCCGACCAAACCAGCACGGGAUCUGAGCACGCUGUUCUCUACUUCAUCGCAUCUGACGCCGAACUCACCGGGAACGUCACUCGGAGUGGUGAAGCGGAUGCUGUCACGCUCACGCACAGAGUCGUCCAUUGAUCGAAAUGUCGGACACAAUCUCUGCUCGUUCACCCCAUCAUCUAACACACUUCCUGUACAUCCUUCUCCACCGAAGAUAACCCCCUCGCGUUCACCCACCCCGACACCGAACAAACCCAUACCGAUAAAGCACACACGGACGUACGCUGGCGCAUCACGCUCGUACCUUAUUGCGCUUCCCGCAGCUGAUCUCGCAGAACCAGACGACACGCGCGAAUCUUACGCUGACCUCCGGUCUCGGUGGGGUGUCGACAACUCCGAGGACGAUCCACGUCCUUUCGACGAUGAUACUCGAACACUCAAGAGGACCUCCAGCGUGGCUUCGCGGCCGCUUGCGAAUGGGAUGAUGAAUGAUCUCAAGAGCAUUACGGAAUUGCGGAGCAAGGGCGAGAGCAGGCGCUUUCUUGAUGAGGUAGGAUAUUUGUUUGAAGGCAUAGAGACUGGUUGCGCCAUUGCGCUCCGCAGAGCCAGCGUCUUGGAAAUUGUCACCAAACUAUGCGACUCCGACUUCAACCGUCGUGCGAAAACGUCUGAUUUUUAUGCUCGCACUUGGGAUGUAUUCGUCAAAGCCCGUGAAGAGGGUUCGGACAAGGUGCGCUCUUCCGACACUUCUUUUAUCUCGUCCCUACACGUGCCCGCCAAUAUUUACCCAUCGACCCUUCUUCGCUUCUUCGUACCCCUUCCUACAACCCGAACUCAACCAUCCACAGAUCAUUGAUGCCACCCUCUCCUUCUUUGCUUUGCUUUCCACCCGCGACCCGCAAACCCUUUCCGAACUUGCUCAUAAACCUGACCUCGUCCCCACUCUCCUCGAAAUCCUGCGCUCCCUCACUCCCACUUCCAACAUGAAGAACGAUGGGCUGAAUCAAGGU